AUGCUUGGACGGCCCUUCUGCUCUAUCCAGGUGGGAGGCAGACCAAAUCCGAUACGUGCCGCUUGGCUUGUCGCUGACCCAUCUCUUGGCCUUGGUGCCCGGCAGCUCGUCGUCCCAGCUCGAGAAUUCAAGGCGAUUUUGGAGGAUGUAGGCGAGACAUCGAAGGCUUACGCAGGAAACCCUUUGGCACAACUUUCCCCCCAACGUCGAGGCCAUGUCCUGAAGGAUGUAGUUCGGCAGGUGCUGAGUCAAAAGCAUCCGGACAUGGAAGUCAAAGAUCCUGUUUCUCGCGUUGGCACCCGUGGAAAACUGCUACGGCCAGAUCAAGCCGAAUAUGACUUCAGCAUAGGCGGCAGACGAGUCGAAUGCAAGAGCUCACAGAUAUGCUGGUUUCGGGCCGAGCAACGGUGGAAAGCUCAGUUUUGCGGAAUCAAAUUAGGACAAAAUCAGUUUGAUGAUUUGUGUUUGGCUUUAUUUACGCCGAGCAGAGUCUGGGUCGUGCUGCAUGAUCUCCGCACCUACAUGUACCGGAAUGGGCAACACACGGCCGAAAGAGGAUGGACCGUUAUUGUAUGCGGCGGCAAGCACCAGACGAAUUGGAGAGAUGCCAUGGCUGCAAUGUCAACGAAGCUGUUCAAUGCAGCCAGCAACUGCCGACGAGUCGCAGAUCUGGAGGUUAACUGCCCCGAGAUGUCAAUAGCUUUGUCACACGCAUCGCGGUCACAAUCAAAGGUCCUGCAAGACAAGUUCUACAAGAAGUUUCCACUUCAGAAUGCAAGCCCGACCAUUCGGGGUUUGCGAAUAGAGGCGAUCGCUUUUGAACUCGAUAAGCGGUUGCAUCCCGAAGCCUGGUUCCUCCGAAGUGCAGCUGACAAAGCCGGAGCCAGCAGGAGCCUGCGAGGCCUGCACGCGACUAGCGCGGAUUGGCUCAGGAAUGGUACCCGCAUUGAAGUCAAGCAUGGCAUACUCCAGUUCAAGGAGCAGCACUGUGUUUGGACCUGCUGUUUUAGAGGAAUAAGGUCGACUUCCACGCUGCAUGGCGAUGUACCGCAUUUCGAUGAGCUUUGGCUUGUUGUUCUCAGCCCUCGAGGUUUGCAUUUCUUCAGAGACGAUGGAGCCCUCGGCAUAGCCAAAGCAAACCACCAGUAUUCGGGAGGCCGCAUUACAGUAUGUGGGCCAUGCAAUGAACCGGAUCCCCAUGUGGCCUUGGAGCGCAUCCUUCAGAACUUGAACUGCAGAGGCUGCACACUGCUAGCAACGGUUCCCUUCUAG